AUGAGCUUCCAAGCUGUACUAGGUGCGAUACCAGCGCUUUUCUUUCUACUUCUUUCCAACCUGAGCCUCAGCGUCGCAGCUCCUCCGGUUCUCGCCUACCCGCCGAAUGCCCCCCCCGGAGCGAGACAAAAUGUCACGCAGGCGUUCAAAGAUGCCAUGACGCUUGCGAGGAUUGUCGCCAUAACAGCCACCGACUGUGACCCAGCAUUUCUGCGGUAUUUCCAGCCACAGGAUUACACGUUUGUGCAGCGCAUUUUUAGAACCAUCAGCAACGUCGACCUGUUUAUGGAUAUCACUCCACAGGACGUCCCGCAACUGCUCGCCGAGUCAAACUUGCCCUCGUCAUGGAACCCGGACUUUGUCGCCCUGUGCAUCGCCUUCGGGGACAACCCGUUCAACCCGGCCGACCUGGACCACUCGUGCGCCGGCGGCGACAACGCAUACACGGUCUACGACACGAGCCCCACGGCGCGCUUCUCGGGCCUGGUCUCACUGUGCCCGGGCUCGCCCAUGUUCGUCUGGCGCCUGUCGAUCAGAGACACGAUCAGCCCGCCAGCGUGGGGCCGCGUCGGCGGCGUCGCGAUGGGAGAGCCCCUGCCGGGUUUCGGGUGCGACGGGCUCGGCGACCGCGACACGGCGUACAUGAAGGUGAUUGGGUCGACGGUGCUGCACGAGCUGCUGCACUGGCCGUGGAUGUUCCUCAGCGUGCCGGACUACACGACCCUGAUCCCGGACCACGACCACCGCAUCACCGACUACACGGGGCCGUGGGUCGAGGGCGCCUACGGGCCCUACAACGCCAUGCGCAUCAACCAGCUCCCGCCCGACCCCCGCACCGGCAUGUCCCAGUCCAUCCAGAACGCGGACAAUUACGUCUCCUACGCCCUCUCGCGCUUCUGGUCCUUUCGCUGCCACAAGACCUUUGGGCCCGCCCUGUCUGCAGAUGAUAAUUACAAUGUCGCAGAUAGGCAGAGGGGGCCGGGAUGA